AUGGCGUCUGCCGCAGUGCGGACUCGCGAGUCCGAGUGGGAGGCACAUCGCGAAGAAAUCACGAGGCUAUACUGGGAUGAGAAGAUGACUCAAAAGAAUGUCGCGGACUUCAUGUCCAAGGAGCACGGCUUUUCCGCAUCGAAAUGGCAGUACGAAAGACACUUCAACCUUUGGAAUCUCAGGAAGAAGCAUUCCAAGGAAACCUGGGUCGCUCUGAACGGCAUGCCGGGGCAAUUCGAGCUGGCAUCUUCUCUCGUUUUCCAUGGUCGGGCCAUUGAAGCCAAGAAGCGCAACAAGGCAAGGUUGCGAUAUCCUAACUCAGCAACGCUGCAAGGGACCACAAACACACUACCUCCUGGGUUCGAGCUUGUCAACUGCAAUACGACCCUCGCGCCCAUGAUUGAAUCAGCCUAUGUGGCGCGGAUAUUGUCUGUGCGCUUGACACCAUUACUUCUGAGUUUUCAGCUAUUCCGCGGCUUCAACGAAGCAGGCAAGCCGACGAAGCCUUUGAUGAGCUUGCGGAAGGUGAUGGCCACCCUUGACCGCGAAGCGUCGCUCCCCCCGACCGAGGACACCGCCGAGAAUGGCACAGUUGUGACAUCGAGCCGCGUCCUGAAGAUCAUGCCUGGUGAAAUGGACAGGGCUUCUGCACAAGCGAUCUUCCCGUGGGCUGCCUUGGAGGAGUGGCACUCCGGCAGCGAUCCCUUGAUGGUUACCGCCAUUGCGUCGCAGCACAUGGCUAGCUCGCAGGUUGAUCAAGCCCGGCUCCAUCUUCUCGUCUUCGCGCUCUCCAACGGCAUGGAACGCGAUAUGGGCAUCGAGUGUCUCGGGGACGUGUGGCAAUACCUGCAACAGUCCUCGGCUUUUCUCAGUCGCAAUAGUCUGCAGCAGAUAAUGCAGGGUCCGUAUUCCAAGACUCUUUGUUCGAAACUUCUCCAAGGCGCCAUCGAAGCCGGGAACGCAUCCGGCUGUAGCCAGAUCAUUCGUUUGGGGAACAUCAGAGUGGACGAUGUGGUUUGUUUUGGGGAAGAUGGAGAACUACUCGCGGCAGUCGAGCUUGCUGCCCUCCUCGGAAACGUGCAGGUCCUCGAAGCUCUGCUGAAGGAGAAUGCCGACCCGACACGAACCGGGCCACACACGGAGCGCAAAUUCGACAUCAUCGCCAAAUUCAUUGCCGAAGUGGGAGUAUUGAAAACUCUUGCGGCCCAUGCCAUCCUGCUCGUCGGCCCACACCCAAAUCCGAUACUCACGGAGGCGGUCGAGCGCGGGGACUGCGCCCUGCUCCAACUGUGUCUGAACCUUCUCCAGCCCGAGUUACAGCCGCAAAAAUUGAUCGCAGACGUGUACUCUGACAUACCCAGCGAGUAUCGGGAUGCGAUGGUUGAUACUAUCUUACAAUAUCGUUCCCCCUACAAUUCCACACGCAACACGGUGCGCAUCGCUCACGCGGUUAUCGCGGCUGCGGAGAACGGGGACAUGGAGAUAGCCCAGAAGCUUCUACCACACGAUGCGAAUGUGUAUACAUCUCUCGUUGGUGUCGAAGAGCUCAAGGAUGAUAUGUGGAGAUUGAAUGAGACAUCUCUGAUCGGAGCUAUCAUCGAACGAGAUCAGACACCGGGGAAUCAGUUUUGCGUAUAUAUUAUACGAAAAUUCUGUACACCGUGCAAGAUUGACCGAUGGGCGGCUACAGCCGACGGUGAAAUUUCGACGCCACUCUUGCUAGCUAUCGACCGUGGCUUGCAGCACAUCGUCGAGCUCCUCGUACUCGAGUACGGAGCGGACGUCAACUUCACCCCGCGGUUGAGUGUGCGAUACACACCGCUACAACUGGCAGCCAAGUGCGGCCACUCUGGGAUUGUUCGAUGGCUUCUCGAACACGGUGCCCGCGCCAACAGCCCCGUCAACCACUAUUAUCAUGGUAUGACCGCACUAUACCUUGCGGCGAUGGGUGGAUACUGCGGCAUUAUGGAAAUGUUGAUCAAUGCCGGAGCUGACCUCAAUGACCAGCGUUUUGGUUUGUCUCGGAAGACGGCAAGAACGGCCCUUGAAAUCGCUGCUCUGUAUGGCCGAAUAAAUGCCGUCCAGCUACUUCUGGACUCAGGAUUCGACAUCAGGACGAGAGGCAAGGAGGCAAUGGCUCAUGCGAUUGAACUGGCGCAAGAAUAUGGACACGUCAGCGUUGUUGAGCUCCUCGAGCACUACCAGAUGGAUGUGUUAUUUGAGGAAUUAUGGCAGCACGACAUCGCUCUGGAGGGCGGCCAGGCAUCGAUGGAUGAGAUUGUGGAAAUGUAG